CCUUCAGGUAAGUGCAGUAGAGAGCUGAUGAGACUGGCUGGCUGGCUGUUUCUGAUGAGCUAGCAGGAAGACCUUCCAGGUGGAGGUUUUGCUAAUUGUCCCUGGAGAUUAGAGGGAGCAGCACAAAGGAAACCCGGCUCCUUUUCUGCCUCAGCCUGCAGAAGGAGGGACCUUGGCAGAGAUGUUUCAAACGAAUUUAAAUACAGUUCCUUUGUAAGAAUUUUUAGUUGUAAUGCCAGAGCCCAGUAAUAGCAAAUUUUAUUUAGUUUACCUAAAAAAUAAUCAGAUUGUGUUUUGUUAAGUAGAAAUUUUUUUUAAGGACUGUGUCAUCAGUUUGUUUACACUUUAGUCAAAGCCAGUUCAUCUUUUAAGGGAGAAACUAACUGCUAAAGCCUGCAGAUUGUGGAAUUCCUCCUUCUUUCCUGAUGUUAUGAGAUCCAGUUUAUUAAAGGUAUUCUUUGUGCCAAACAGUAAGUAAAACAGAGUAUUUAUUAAGUUUGUACCCUACCCGAUCAUAAAAUACUUAAUGGCAUAGCAUCUUCUUUUGCCCAUUUCUCCUUAGAGCAGAAUAUUUCAGGUAGAACGAGGGCCAAGGAAGAAGUAGCUGGCAGCCAUCCUUUUAAAUAUAAACAAAUCAAUUAUUCUUUGUACUCUUUGGACCUGCACUUGAAGGAGAGAGUUUUUUUUAUGUGUGUUUUUUUUUAAAAUACAUCUGGGAAGCUUCCAGGCAGUUAGGUCAGAUAUAGCCAUGAGCAAACCUUAGAAAAUUUGUUUCUGAAUCUUAACCUUGAAUUGAACUUGUUAAUAAAGCAGGUUACUUGCUCUGUGGGACAGGCAGCUAAUGCUUUAGAAAAAGCUGUUUCUAAAACCUUUGACUGUAUGCUGACUUGACUUUGAAAGCCAGAAAUCACUUGUUUUCUUAUUUCUCCAGAGCAUGUUGUUCACUCUUGAAUUCCUCUAGAUUAGUACAGCCUUCCAUGUGCCAAGCACUUAGUAAAUACAUAUCUAAUCAAUGAAUAACCAUAAAGUGUCUUUUGUUUUUGUAAGAAAAUAGUUUUUUAUGGUCUGUGGAAUGAGACUAGAACUAGAAAGAAUAACAUUCUGUUAGGACUCAUUGGUAGAGCAAUAAUAGAGCUUCGUCUCCUGCCUGUCCCUUUCCUUUUUCCCAGAGAUGCACUGGGUAGCAGGACUUACUUCAAGACACAUGAAGCAUCCUCCCUGCUUUAAAGUAUCUGAGCCAUGGUAUUUUCAUAAUGCUCUUCCUUGUCUUUUUUUGUUUCUCUUCCAGUUUAAGAAAAGCCCUCCUAAAAUCCCAUAUAAGGCCAUUGCGCUUGCUACAGUGCUGUUUUUGAUCGGCGCCUUCCUCAUUAUCAUAGGCUCCCUCCUGCUGGCCGGCUAUAUCAGCAAAGGGCUAGGUCUUGACUCCGCUAAUCGGGACUCCCUGUCUGGUUUCGAGCUUGGACCUCAACAGCACAAGGAAAUGGAGCUCAGUGGUGUGUAAUGGAAAGCAUAUGGACAGGUCCACGUCCUGGCAUUUAGAAUAUCCUGCCUCACCCAAAGUUUCUGUUGAAUGAAAAGUGCCCUUACCAGAAUUCCUUCAACAGGAGGUCUCCUACUUGUAUUUCUAAACUUCUUAUAGGUGCUAAGAGAUGGUGCUUGUGGGACUCAUCUCUGCCUGAGAAUCAGGUGCCCCAGGUUCCGGAAAAGCCAACUCUUCCAGCCCAACGACCAAACCACCCACUUUUUCUUAAUGAUGGGUAUUGGUAAGAACACUACAUCCAAAUCCAUGGAGGCCGGGAGUUCAACUGAAGGCAAAUAUGAAGAUGAAGCCAAGCACCCCGCUUUCUUCACCCUUCCGGUGGUGAUAAAUGGAGGUGCCACGUCCAGCGGCGAGCAGGACUAUGAAGACACAGAGCUCAUGGCGAUCUACACAACAGAGAACGGCAUCGCAGAAAAGAGCUCUCUGGCUGAGACGUUGGAUAGCACUGGCAGUCUAGACCCCCAGAGAUCGGACAUGAUUUACACCAUAGAAGACGUUCCUCCCUGGUACCUGUGCAUAUUUCUGGGGCUGCAGCACUACCUGACUUGCUUCAGCGGCACUAUCGCAGUGCCCUUUCUGCUGGCCGAUGCCAUGUGUGUGGGGUACGACCAGUGGGCCACCAGCCAGCUCAUCGGGACCAUAUUCUUCUGUGUGGGAAUCACAACUCUGCUGCAGACAACAUUUGGAUGCAGGUUACCCCUGUUUCAGGCCAGUGCUUUUGCAUUUCUGGCCCCUGCUCGAGCCAUCCUGUCUUUAGAUAAAUGGAAAUGUAACACCACAGAUGUUUCAAUUGCCAACGGAACAACAGAACUGCUACACACAGAGCACAUCUGGUAUCCCCGCAUCCGCGAGAUCCAGGGGGCCAUCAUCAUGUCCUCACUGAUAGAAGUGGUCAUUGGCUUCCUAGGCCUGCCCGGUGCUCUGCUGAAAUACAUCGGGCCCCUGACCAUUACUCCCACGGUGGCCCUCAUUGGCCUCUCCGGUUUCCAGGCGGCAGGAGAGAGAGCGGGGAAGCACUGGGGCAUCGCCAUGCUGACAAUUUUCCUAGUAUUACUGUUCUCUCAAUAUGCCAGAAAUGUUAAAUUUCCUCUCCCAAUUUACAAAUCCAAGAAAGGAUGGACUGCGUACAAGUUACAGCUUUUCAAAAUGUUCCCUAUCAUCCUGGCCAUCCUUGUGUCCUGGCUGCUCUGCUUCAUCUUCACAGUGACAGAUGUCUUCCCUCCUGACAGCACUAAGUAUGGCUUCUAUGCUCGAACGGAUGCCAGGCAGGGGGUUCUUCUCGUAGCCCCGUGGUUUAAGGUCCCAUACCCAUUUCAGUGGGGACUGCCCACCAUCUCUGCGGCUGGUGUCAUUGGCAUGCUCAGUGCUGUUGUCGCCAGUAUUAUCGAGUCUAUCGGGGACUACUACGCCUGCGCAAGGCUGUCCUGUGCCCCACCGCCUCCCAUCCAUGCAAUAAACAGGGGGAUUUUCGUGGAGGGUCUCUCCUGUGUUCUCGAUGGCAUGUUUGGUACUGGGAAUGGCUCUACUUCAUCCAGUCCCAACAUUGGAGUUUUGGGAAUUACUAAGGUCGGCAGUCGCCGGGUGAUACAAUACGGGGCCGCCCUCAUGCUCGCCUUGGGCAUGAUCGGGAAGUUCAGCGCCCUCUUCGCCUCCCUUCCAGACCCUGUGCUUGGCGCCCUCUUCUGUACUCUCUUCGGAAUGAUCACAGCCGUUGGACUCUCUAACCUGCAGUUCAUCGAUUUAAACUCUUCCCGGAACCUCUUUGUGCUUGGAUUUUCAAUCUUCUUUGGGCUCGUUCUUCCAAGUUACCUCAGACAGAACCCUCUGGUCACAGGGAUAGCAGGAGUUGAUCAAGUGCUGAACGUUCUUCUCACAACUGCUAUGUUUGUAGGCGGCUGUGUGGCUUUUAUUUUGGAUAACACCAUCCCAGGUACCCCAGAGGAAAGAGGAAUCCGGAAGUGGAAGAAGGGCGUAGGAAAAGGGAGCAAAUCGCUUGAUGGCAUGGAAUCCUAUGACUUGCCAUUUGGCAUGAACGUUAUUAAAAAGUACCGAUGCUUCAGCUACUUACCCAUCAGCCCGACCUUCGUGGGCUACACGUGGAAAGGCCUCGGGAAGAGCUCGAACAGCCGGAGCUCGGAUGCGGACUCGCAGGCCACGGUAUAGCUGUAGCUUGCCCUGUGGCCCAGCCGCAGUGAGGCAUGACCUGUAGUUUCUUGCUGAGUACCAAGCAGUAACAUAUAUGUUUGUAUAUCUGCAUUUACAUGCUGCACCCCAGAGCUAAGACAGAUUGCAAGUAGUGUUUCUUGUUGUGAGUGGUGAUCGUGUCUAAUAUGGUGUCUUGCCUUUCUCCUUAUUUAAGUCCCGACCCCUUGCCCUUGAGAACGUCCACUGCUGGCUGUGGUUGCUGAACUUGAAGUUCCUGCCCUCCUGUGGGAGAUGUUUGAAAUCCACGGCGACUCCUGGUGUUCAGUCCCCCUCCCUCCACCCCAUGCUAGCUUUCUUACAGGCCGCCUCGGGGUGCAGGGGCUUUCUGUCCUGGGAGCCCCUGGACCUGCUUGGUUUGGGUUUUGUUUUGUUUUGUUUUUUUGACCUCGGCCUGAACCACAGGAGACCCCCUGUGGUCAAGGGGCACCAGUAUCCUCGCAUUGUCACAACUGGUCAAUUGUGAUUCUGUGUUCCCUGAUACUCCUGUAGGAGGAGGCUGGUGACCUGGUUGAAAACAGUGACAUGGUUACCCUACGCCCUGAUCUGUGCUCAGGUAAGGUCUGCACACAUAGUAUUAGGAUGGAAAUGAGGGGAAAGGAAAGUACCGUGAAGUCAGUAUCUGAUUUUUAGUGGCUCUCUCGGUGCAACCCGGGCCCAGGCUGGGCCAGCGCAUUUCACACUGGCCUCUCUGCACUAGUAGCCAAGACACACUCUCUGACGUUUCUCACUCCUGGUGGCAUGACAGUUAGAGAGUGCCACAAAGGGGCACCAACCAGAUGUUUAUGGGAGUCUUGGCUCUGCUGUCAUGUGGAUGUCAGUUAUUGUCACGUGUCUAUAAAUACAAGAUUUUAUUUCUAUUUAAUGUUAUUGACCAUAGCAGAUUUUUGAAAUCAGUGUUUUUCCACAUGACCCCCUUACCUUGCAUCCUUAUUGUGCCUCACCCACCCCCUCCCAUUAAAGAAAGAACCAGCAUUUGUAAAGCUGUGGACACCAUCAGGGAAAGCUGUUGGCAUGGCUUGUCAAGGCCAGUAACCAUUAUUGUGGUUGUGUUUUGUAUUGCUUGAUACCAUGAAAGUGUAAAUACUGUAAUACCUAAUCUAUUUAUCAAAACUACUGGAUCAGAGCUCAGAAACCAUGGUUAUGUUGUACGUGAAUUUGUUUUGUGAAGAAGGGAAGCCAGGGCAGGUGAUGAACAGCUGCCGUAUUGCAGGGUCCUGUUGCAAGUCUUUCUGGCAGUUAAGGCUUGAGGGGACUUUCUGUGGGUUGCCAUGUUGCCUGUCCACUGGGUGUUGGUUUGGCAAAGAGGAAGAUAAGAUCCCCUGGCCAGAUGCUGCCGUUCUUAAGUUACUGCAGAAGGUGAUGGUGAGAAAGGCAGCUGGCAGGUCCCCCCUGUUGAGUUCUAAAUAAAUAACACUAAGUUCUUUUGGGGAGGGGGAGAGGGAGGGGGAGACUUCUGUUGAAUUUGGUUUGAAAUUUUUCAGCCAGAAAAGUCUGAGACAAAGUAGUGAGCUCACUUCAUGAGGUGAUGCUUCUCUUCCUAAGUGUUCAUUGACCUGGUUGAGACUCAAGAUGGCAGUGGGUGCUGCUGUCUGCAACAGCAGGACGUGGUCUGGUCCCCAGCAGCCUUGUGUCCACAGGGUGCAUUUCCUGCCCCCAAGAAAACCAAACUGGGUUGUCUUUGGCAUUAUUGUGUCAUGACAGCCUCCUUGACUACUGGGAAGGUGGGGGGUUUCAAGGCUUGUUCUGGCAAGAACUCUUCAGAGCCACUUCAUUGUUUUGCCAAGACCUUAUUGCAGAUUAAGUAAAGAACUUAGAUUGUAAAUUACGUUUAAUUUUGUAUGUUCCUUUCUUUUGACGUGUAUUUGAUGCUUAGUUUCUUUUGAAGCACCCCCGUUAGCCAUUUCCAUCCCUUUGACUUGGUAAGCUCUCGAGGCUGGCAGCCCUCUGACACUGAGUCACUCUCAGUUCCUUCUAGUUGUAUUUUAGCUCAACAUCUAAAUUUCUCAGCUUUGAAAAAUGGGCAAAACCAUUACACCUCCCAAAGAUUUGCAGUAUUCUAGCUCUGUAGGUAAGCAGGACCAAAUACCCAAAUAAAAGCAUCUGAACCAUCAGUAAUUCAGAAACAAAAAGUUCCCUUUAACUUAUCUUGACCAGGCAUGUCCAGAAACCCACUCACUCCGUUAUGAAACCCCUCUUUGGGUCAGCUUUUACUGGGAGGUUUCAAAUCUGCAAGCAUUCAUAUGUGGAGGGAAGCCCUAUACCCACACCACCUGUUGGGAAGAGGGGUUUUACCCUUCUUGUUCCACUGGGGCCAACUUGGAGUCUCUGUCCAAGGGAGGGAGUGGAGAGUAGGGACAGCAGGUGGGGAGGAAAGAGGUCAGCCUGACCAGAGGCCCCAGUGAGUCUGCACAGCCUGUGAAAUUCACCUUUGCCUGAGUGAUUGGAACCUUAGGAUGACUAAUUUUGCACAUGCAGUGCACACCAACCAUUUUAGGAAGUGAUCCUUCUGCUAGCAGAUGUGUGACAGAAUGAGUCUAAUUGAAAAAAAUGUAUUCAUCUGCUGCUUGGGUUUGAGCAUCAACUGCAGGGAAAGUUUGGGGGGCGUGCAGUGGCCAUGCAUGACUGUCCCUGUGAACUUCCCACUUACACUGUUGGCUUGCAUUGCUGGGGUGCACACCCACCAGGCUUUGUUUGGCCAAUAGAAUGUUUUAAAAUAUUUUAUAUGUAAGUGUCCUUGGGCAGGGCAUUCAGUCUCCAAUUUCCAUAGUGAACACCUACCCACCAUCUUCACAUGUACGUGAGCCAUUCUGAUGUGGAAAGUAAGUAGAAAGUAUUUAUAAGGACAGUAGAUGCUGCCGUAUCCCAGUGGGGGUGGGUAACGGGGACCCUACCACUGGUCUGGUAAAGUAUCUAACACAGAAUAAUGAGAAGUAGCUUUAGUCUUUGUAAGCAAUUUUCAUUCUCAUUUGGGAAUUAAACUCCAACUCAUUGGUAUCAAAUCUUUCUUAGGAGGGUGUCAAAUGUUAACUUUCAGUGAGUUUGUUGUGAUUUAUCAAAGCAAGAGAAGUGGCUUAAUCAGGUCAGCUGGAAUGAAACAUCAUGGGUCCUGAUGGUUUCCCAUUUUCAUGGUAACAAAUUCACACACAGGAUUUGCUUUAUACUGUAGAAUACUGACUUUCAUGAUGAGAACUUGGUUUAUGCAUGAAUAUUGCAGUAUUUCCAUAUAGUAAAAUAACAUUUCUGCCCAGGAUAAUAGUCUCAGUUUUCCAGGGAGGGAAUGAUAUACUUUUCAUGACAAUGUCAUGUGAUGAUAGAAUUUCUCCAUUGAUGAAUCUCUAGUAUGUGUGUAUACUUUAUUUACCCAUGCGUAUAUUUUAUGACCACGAGCUAAGUUGUUAUUACUUUAAUUCAUGUCCCUGCUGAAAUACUGGUACUAGCAAUUUAGACUUGAAGUUGGCGACUGUAAUCUUCCUUAAUAUUGAUGCCACCAAGAACGGCCAGGACAGACAGAAGGUGAGAAAGGAGCUGUGGUGGAAACCUCAUUCCAGAACCUGUCUGGCCCGAGGAGAGGCAGCAUCCUGCAGGCCGCUGUGCUUGGGGUGUGCACCGGGCUGCAGACACCAGGCCUGGCAUGGCUGUCACUGGCUGCCCGGUAUGUGCACCCAGCCACGCCUCCUGGACACUGUGGCUGUGCAAAUGUGCCUGAGCAUUGGCAGGCCCAUUUCUCCAGGGAGCCACCCCUUGGCUUUGGAGAAGAGCCUGGAUUUUCACCUACUGCAUGUGUUGUGCUCUGUCCCCCUAUGACCUGGACACAGAACAGGACACCUCCCCCCUCUACCCUACCUGCGGCCACAACCCGAGCAGUGCAAGAAGACUGCCUAGUUUUGCCCGUGUUCAGGUUCCGCCCAUGGACCCAGAAAGCACAUUCGGGCUGGGGAUCCCUUUCAGCAGCCUCACACAUUCCUGUCCUCCCAGGUUAUUCCUGACCGGGCCUCGUCAUCACUCUGCAUAAGUAACUCCCAGCGUCCUUAGAAUUGCCGUGCGUGUUUUCUGGCAUUUAGGACACCCUCACCGGCGUGGCCAUCUUACUGACAGUCCAAUCUUACCCUUUUUCCUUUGUUUGUAACAACCUUUGUUGACUCGUUAAUAAAUUUCUGACUGUUCUUAACACGGUGGGGAUGCCUAUAUUUUCCUUGAGUUUUUGUGACUGACUUUGGCUAUGUACCUUUUCGGGAUUUUGUUUGUUUUUUUAUUUUGCAUACCGAGGGUAUUUAGGGUGGGGUUGUUUUUGAGAUGUGUAAUUCUUUUACGGAGUUUUUAAAAAGAAUUUUCAUAUUGUUUUUCUAACAUGGCCUCAUUAAACGUUUAAGUAUUUUAAAAAUAUGUAAUAUUUGGACCAGAUGUUGUGAAUAAUAGUAGAGAUAAAGCUAUUUUAUUCUGUAUUUUUAAAACUGUUCCGUACAAAUAAAAGCUCUCCUGGACGCA